AUGUUUGCCUUGGGUUACCCUCGAGGCUCAGUUACCCUCGUGGCUCAGUUACCCUCGUGGCUCAGUUACCCUCGAGGCUCAGUUACCCUCGUGGCUCAGUUACCCUCGUGGCUCAGUUACCCUCGAGGCUCAGUUACCCUCGAGGCUCAGUUACCCUCGUGGCUCAGUUACCCUCGUGGCUCAGUUACCCUCGUGGCUCAGUUACCCUCGUGGCUCAGUUACCCUCGUGGCUCAGUUACCCUCGUGGCUCAGUUACCCUCGUGGCUCAGUUACCCUCGAGGCUCAGUUACCCUCGUGGCUCAGUUACCCUCGUGGCUCAGUUACCCUCGUGGCUCAGUUACCCUCGAGGCUCAGUUACCCUCGAGGCUCAGUUACCCUCGUGGCUCAGUUACCCUCAGUUACCCUCGAGGCUCAGUUACCCCUCGAGGCUCAGUUACCCUCGUGGCUCAGUUACCCUCGUGGCUCAGUUACCCUCGUGGCUCAGUUACUCUCGUGGCUCAGUUACCCUCGUGGCUCAGUUACCCUCGUGGCUCAGUUACCCUCGAGGCUCAGUUACCCUCGUGGCUCAGUUACCCUCGUGGCUCAGUUACCCUCGAGGCUCAGUUACCCUCGUGGCUCAGUUACUCUCGUGGCUCAGUACACAUACUGUACAAAUACAUAAAGGUACACAUACUGUUCAAAUACAUAACGGUACACAUACUGUACAAAUACAUAAAGGUACACAUACUGCUCAAAUACAUAAAGGUACACAUACUGUACAAAUACAUAAAGGUACACAUACUGUUCAAAUACAUAAAGGUACACAUACUGUACAAAUACAUAAAGGUACACAUACUGCUCAAAUACAUAAAGGUACACAUACUGUACAAAUACAUAAAGGUACACAUACUGUACAAAUACAUAAAGGUACACAUACUGUACAAAUACAUAACGGUACACAUACUGUUCAAAUACAUAAAGGUACACAUACUGUACAAAUACAUAAAGGUACACAUACUGUACAAAUACAUAAAGGUACACAUACUGUUCAAAUACAUAAAGGUACACAUACUGUUCAAAUACAUAAAGGUACACAUACUGUUCAAAUACAUAAAGGUACACAUACUGUACAAAUACAUAAAGGUACACAUACUGUACAAAUACAUAACGGUACACAUACUGUUCAAAUACAUAAAGGUACACAUACUGUUCAAAUACAUAAAGGUACACAUACUGCUCAAAUACAUAAAGGUACACAUACUGUUCAAAUACAUAACGGUACACAUACUGCUCAAAUACAUAAAGGUACACAUACUGCUCAAAUACAUAAAGGUACACAUACUGUACAAAUACAUAAAGGUACACAUACUGUACAAAUACAUAAAGGUACACAUACUGUUCUAUGUAGGUCAUCUAUAUAGCUGCUGUGGGAUCUUGAUUAAAGGCUCAAUUCAAUCAAACAGGUCAGGAAACACUCGGCUGAUUCCAGAUUUAACGGCCAUUUCAAAGGGGGAGCAAUUUCCCCACUUCCACCCGACCACCUGCAUACCGCACUGGAACCUUUGAUACCCCUUGGUUCUUCUAUUCCCUUGGUCCUACCAUCCCACUACCAAUUGUACCGUCCACCUGUCUGUCUCACACUCUCUCUUCUUGGUAGACCUGUCUGUCUGUCUGUCUGUCUGUCUGUCUGUCUGUCUGUCUGUCUGUGUGUCUGUCUGUCUCACACUCUCUCCUCUUGGUAGACCUGUCUGUCUGUCUCACAUUCUCUCCUCUUGGUAGACCUGUCUGUCUGUCUCACACCCUCUCCUCCUGGUAGACCUGUCUGUCUGUCUGUCUCACAUUCUCUCCUCUUGGUAGACCUGUCUGUCUGUCUCAUUCUCUCCUCUUGGUAGACCUGUCUGUCUGUCUCACAUUCUCUCCUCUUUGUAGACCUGUCUGUCUGUCUCACACCCUCUCCUCCUGGUAGACCUUUCUGUCUGUCUCACAUUCUCUCCUCUUGGAAGAUCUGUCUGUCUAUCUGUCUCACAUUCUCUCCUCUUGGUAGACCUGUCUGUCUGUCUCACAUUCUCUCCUCUUUGUAGACCUAUCUGUCUGUCUCACACCCUCUCCUCCUGGUAGACCUUUCUGUCUGUCUCACAUUCUCUCCCUUGGUAGACCUGUCUGUCUAUCUGUCUCACAUUCUCUCCUCU